GUAUACAAAACCAAACCAAUGUGUCGCUCUCCAUAUUUCAUUAUCUCGUACUCUACACUCCAUUCCAAUACCCAUUUCAGUAUAGAAAUUAAACCAAAAUAAAAAAUAAAAAAAUUCCUCUGCUUGGUAGUCUUAUUACAUAUUCAGUCUGUUUCUUCUUCCUCUUUCUCUGUCACAUUCAACUACUAGCAAAGAAGAAGGACCAAGUUCUAUAACCAAGCAUACCCAGAGAAAAUGUGCAGCCAAGACGGUGAUUGCAGGCCUUUGGGCUUUCUAUUGGGUCUUCCCUUUGCUUUUCUCUCUCUCAUCUUGUCCAUCGUCGGCAUCAUCAUCUGGAUCGUCGGGUUGGUGUUAUCGUGCAUAUGCCCCUGUUGUUUUUGUGUGACGGUAAUAGUGGAGUUGGCUUUGGAGCUUGUGAAGGCCCCAAUUCAUGUCAUGGAAUGGUUCACUUCUCAAAUCCCUUGUUAAUAAUAAUGUUAAUCUGAUUCUCUUCAUAAUCUUAUUAUUCUUAUCUUAUUUAAUUUACUAUGCUUGUGAUCUUUAUGUAACCUUACCUUGAAAAGUACCAUGUGGGUGUAUUUGAUUCUUAUAACUUAACAAGUUCGGUUACAUACUUGUAUGAGUAUACUGUAAAUUUGUAUGCUUUCCGGGUUC